AUGGGAUCCAUUGCUGCUAUUGCUCGGAAUUCAGUGGGACAUACUCUUGGAUGGUAUACUAGACGUAUCACAUAUCCUUUAACUUUGGAAUAUUUAGCUUGUAGAGAAGCUAUGCUGCUUGAUAACAAUAAGAGUUUUCAUUCAGUUGACAUUGAAUCUUCACUUAUGGACGUGAAAAAUACAUCUUCCCAAAGUAUUAAUGUUAAUGAUGAUGAUCGAGGUAAAGAGGUUAGUGAAAUCAUAUCUUUGCCUUAUGUGGGAAUGGAAUUUGAUUCUUUGGAUGCUGUCGAACUAUUUUAUAAAUCAUUUGCAAAGGAAAAAGGUUUUGGAAUUCAUAUUCAAUCAAGUGUUAUUGGCUCUCAAAGCAAUAAAGUAAUAAGUCGUACUUAUGUAUGUUAUAAUGAAGGCCACUAUAAAGAAGAGAGCAAAAAUGAGGGAACAAAUCUCAGAAAAAGAUGCUCUACUUUAAGAACAGAUUGUGGAGCAAUGUUUAAGGUUUCAAAGGGGAAAGAAAUGAAGUAUUAG